AGCCUGCCAGAUCAUGACCAGCCAAUCAUUACGACCAAGUCAGAACUGGCCAAUAUUCUGACUGCGAUUGAGACGGCAUAUUUACUACAGGACUCGAUCGUUUUGCUGUACGCUGCUAGGAGAGAACGAGCAUUUCUCACAGGGUCCAACGGUAAGGCUUCUGAUAACAGAGCUAUCAGGGGUCUUAAUUUCCGACAUCUCGGCUGGCAUCAUGCUCUCCUAGGGUCUGCAUUUGUCCUGCUUCAGGUCUAUAUUGCCCAACGGAAGGAGAAAGGGAUUCUCAUAAUUGUGGCUAUGCUUCUCAUGAAUGCAUCAUCGCCAUUUGGUACGCUACGGUGGUUUUUGAUCAAUUUUCGACCACAGAAGACGCGGAUUAUCCGAGUACUCAGUGUAGCCUACAUGGUGACGUUCGCCAUAUUCAGGGUUUACCUACUAUACUCUAUAAUCAGCACAUUUGGAAAACAAACGAAUGUAUCUACAUGGGAGGUUUUCCGGAAACUGCGGCUUCCUUGCAAACUCGGCAUGUCAUGCCUCGCUCUCGUGAACACAGGAUGGCUCCUAAAGGUGGCUUGUUCAUUCAUGCUACGC